AAAGACGACGAAGAAGACGAAGGAGCGGAAGAAGAAGAAGAAGAAUGGCGUCCUGUAGUGAGGAGUCUACUAACGUUACAGCCACCGAGGAGGAGGCGACAGAAAGUGUUGCGUCCCAGAAAAGAGAAGCGAGGCUACGAAAAUUUCGAGAGUUACAUUUCAAACGGAAUGAAGCACGUAAGCUCAAUCACCAGGAGGUUGUGGAGGAGGACAAGAGACUGAAACUCCCCACUAAUUGGGAGGCUAAGAAAGCCCGGCUGGAGUGGGAGCUUGCUGAAGAUCAAAAGAAAAAGGAUUGUGCUUCCAAAGGUGAGGACUAUGACAGAGUGAAACUGCUGGAGAUCACUGCUGACGAUGCAGAGCGGUGGGAGAGAAAGAAGAAGAAGAAGAACCCAGACACAGGAUUUGCAGGUUAUGCUGAGGCCCAAUUCAGACAAUACCAGAGGCUCACCAAGCAGAUCAGACCAGACAUGGAGGGCUACGAGAGACAGAGAGAAGAAUGCGGUGAGGACUUCCACCCCACGUCCAAUAGCCUGAUCCACGGCACCCAUGUCCCUACAAAGGAGGGCAUUGACCGCAUGGUGGAAGAUGUCGAGAAACAAAUCGAGAAGCGGUCCAAGUACAGCCGACGCAGGGCUUACAAUGACGACGCAGACAUCGACUACAUCAACGAGAGGAACGCCAAGUUCAACAAGAAGGCGGAGCGCUUCUACGGCAAAUACACAGCAGAGAUCAAACAAAACUUGGAGAGAGGCACAGCUGUCUAGUGGGUCCAGUCACCUCAUGGACAUGUUCAUUGCUUCAGUUUUCUCUUCAUUCAGGAGUCUUGGAUGCAUAUUUUUCUUCCAAGAAUACAUGUAUUUCAUAGCUAAAACAGACUUUGUUGUAACGCUGAGUUUAUUUUGAGCUGAAAGAUAAUUCAAUCAUCUGUAAGAUAUGUAAUGUUUGGUGUUUCUUUGUACAGUAUAGGAAGUGAGAACAGUUAUGAGUAUUCUUAUCCUUUUUUUUUCUUUUAAAUAAACCACUUUCAGUUUUCCA